AGCUAAGAGUUGUAAAGCGUGAUAACCGGGCUAAAAUUGAUAUUCCCAUGGAAGCAUUGCUUAGGAUGUGAAAGACAUAUAUGCUUGCUGCCAUUCAACAAAAUCUCUUUGAUGUUGCAAAACAAAAUCUCUUUAAAUUUGCAAAACAAAAUCUCUUUGAUGUUGCAAAACAAAAGAGAAAUUCAUGUGUCCAAGUUGCUAAGAUAUGGAAUGAGUUUGUGAAAACUCUGAAUGACAAAAAGUUAAUCUUGGCUCCUUGGUGUGAUGAAAAGGAUGUUGAGAAAGAUGUAAAGGCACAGACAAAGGGGGAGAUGGGUGCAUCAAAGACACUUUGUUGUCCAUUUGAACAGCCUGAGCUUCUAGAAGGAAUGUUGUCCUCUGCCACGAGGAAACUUUCCAAGAUAUGGUCAUACUGGGGUUGGAGUUAUUGAUAUGAUGAUGCUUCAUUCAUUAAUUUAUACAUGUUGGAAAUAUUUUAUGGUGUCCAAUCUAAUUAAAUAUCUUUGUAUUUGUGUAGUUAUUAAUUAAAUGUGUAAUAUGAGCCACAAAUGUAUAUCAGCCCAUUAGCUUCUUUGGAAUCCAUAAGUUAGCCAUCCUCUUCCAUAAAAGGAAGCUAACUUAUGGAAAUCCUAAGGCUUUGAGAGAGCAGAGGCGAGAUAGAGAGUAGGUUUACGCUGCUCUCUCUCGAGGGAGAGCAGCAGCGUUUUACACGGUAUACCAGAUUCGUUGUUUAUCUCGAUAUCUUUCUAUCUACCUCUUCUUCACUUCUAUGAUUGUUAGAUUGUAAGAAAUAGGGACUAACAUGUGGUAUCAGAGCCAAGGCAUGAAAUAGAUUAAAUACAUCUGCGAUAUUUCGGAUCUAACGAAGAACUGCUCUGAUUUUUUUUUCUUUUAGAGAUUUAGCUCCUGUAAUCUUGUUUGUGAACGAAAAUUUGUAAAAGUUAUGCUAUUGGAAUCGCCAUUUCAUAACGAUUCUACAGCAUAUCUUAUUUUUCGAUUUCUGCAAUCUUUUAGUUUUGAAGAUCUCUACAUUAAGAUCUCGAUACUCUUGUUUAUCACGGCUGCAGAAACGAUCUCGACUUGAAAUUGAUACAGGAGAAUCUCGACCUUCAGUGCUAUUCAGAACAGUUUUCAAAUUUUCAAAACUCGACAUUUUCAUUUUGCAGGAUCACGACAUUUUGGGAUUUGGAAGCUUGGGAUUUCGAACUUUGGGAUUUCGACACUUUGGGAUUUCGAUCUUAGGCGUUUCCUGAUGUUUAGAAUCUUUCAAAGUUUGGAACUUCUUGAAUCUCAGAAUUUUUCAAAGCUUGAUAUUUUUCUUAGUUCAGAACAUUUCGAAACUUUAUAUUAUAGGAUUUUUGGAUGAUUCUAUGUUUUUCAAAGUUUUAAAAAAGUUUUCGAUGUUCUGAUGUUUUUUCUAACAGCAAGUUUUCGAUAUUCUGAGGUUUUUGAAUUUCCAAAGUUUUUGAUGUUCCAAACAUUUUGAAAUUAUGAAGAUUUCUAAGUCUCGAGGUUUUGUUUUGCAGGUGGAUUUCUUCAUUACUCUUCGAGGCAAACUCGAGAUUUAAACCUCGAGAUUGUGAUCUCGAAGUUUAAACCUCGAGAUUGUGAUCUCGAAGUUUAAACCUCGAGAUUGUGAUCUCGAAGUUUAAACCUCGAGAUUGUGAUCUCGUAGUUUAAAUCUCUAAAUUGUAAUCUCGAAGUUUAAACCUCGAAUUUUAUGAUAAAGCC